AUGAUGCUGCGAUCGACGUUUACCUUCGCGACCUUGCUAGCCUUGAGCUUUCUCUUCAACGAAGCUCACGGAUUUUGGUUUGGAAAAAUGGUCAUCGGCUAUGCAACAGUUUCCAAAGAAGAGGCUGAGAAAAUCAAUGAACAUAAUAAGCUAUAUGAACAUGAUAAGCUACACGUAACGGAAUCCGCAAGCCCUACUCAAUUAGGACCUGGCGUUUAUAUGGUAAACAAACCUGAUAUCUGGAAGGGUGAAGGAGGGAGUUGGUAUUGUGCCAUUAAAGCGAGCAAGUGGCAGAUGAAAAAGAUACGCAAAGCCUACAUCCCGAGAUCUCUUUUAAAGCUGGAGUCGGGUGUUAGCAGGCGAAUAUUCUUGUGGAACCAAGAUGAAACUGUCAUCGUGAACUAUAUGAGUUCAGAGUUAUGGAUGCGAAAGCCUCAGAAAGCGCUACGCUUCUCGUGGGUUAGGCGGGGAUAUUGGGAGAUGCAGAUGCUUAUUCCAACGGAUGUGGUAAAGAAAGAUAAAUUGGACUUAUGGGCCAAAUGCUUUGAAUCAGAAGAUGAGCUGGUGCGUUUUUCGGGCGAUAUCAUUAAUUGGGCGGGAACUUGGGGGAUUAAAGGAGAUCGUGGACGACCGACCCUUGGCGCCUUUCGCAGGUAG